UUAUUCAGUUUUCUUCAUUCCUAGAUAUGAAUCGAGCAAGUGGAUCAUCUUCUUCCUCACCUUUUAGAUGCAGUUUUGAUGUAUUUUUAAGUUUUCGUGGGGAAGAUACUCGUUCCAACUUCACCAGUCAUCUUAAUAUGGCUUUACGUCAAAGAGGAAUCAAUGUUUUUAUAGAUAACAAGAUUUCAAGGGGUGAAGAAAUUUCUGCAUCUCUUUUGGAAGCUAUUGAAAAAUCCAAGAUUUUGAUCGUUAUAAUCUCUGAAAAUUAUGCAUCUUCAAGUUGGUGUUUGAAUGAACUAGAGAAAAUCAUUAUGUGUAACGAGUUGAGAUCAGGACAACUUGUUUUACCAAUUUUCUACAGAGUGGAUCCAUCUGAAGUAAGAAAACAAAGUGGAAGAUUUGGAGAAGAAUUUGGGAGACUCGAAGUUAGAUUCUCGUCGGACAAGAUGCAAGCAUGGAGGGAGGCCAUGAUUUAUGUUUCUCAGAUGUCUGGAUGGCCGGUUCUUCAAGAAGAGUAUUUUUCUUCUUCACAUAUAUCUUUUUACUCAUUUGCUCUUCAUAUUAUAUCGUUACUAUACUUCCACUAUAUUUCAUCAAGUGAUGAGGCCAAUUUGAUUCAAGAAAUUGUUCAAGAAGUCUUGAAGAAAUUAAAUCGUGGAAUAAUAAUGCAGUUGCGUAUACCUAAAUAUCCAGUUGGAAUAGACAUACAAGUUAAUAAUAUACUCUUCCAAAUUAUGUCUGAUAAAAAAAUUGUUAUGCUUGGAUUAUAUGGAAUUGGAGGUAUCGGCAAGACAACUUUGGCCAAAGCAUUGUACAAUAGAAUUGCUCAUGACUUUGAAGGUUGUUGCUUUUUGGAAAAAAUUAGAGAAGCUUCAAAUCAAUAUGACGGCCUUGUUCAACUCCAAAAGAAAAUACUUUGUGAUAUUCUAAUGGAUAAUUCGAUCAAUGUUAGCAAUCUUGAUAUAGGGGUUAACAUCAUAAGGAAUCGACUAUGCUCAAAAAAAAUUCUUUUAAUUCUUGAUGAUGUUGAUACGAGAGAACAACUAGAAGCAUUAGCGGGAGGGCAUGAUUGGUUUGGACAUGGAAGUAAGAUCAUUGCGACAACAAGAAACAUGCAAUUACUUGCUAGUCAUGGAUUUAAUAAAUUGGAAAAAGUUAACGGAUUGAAUGCCAUUGAAGGUCUUGAGCUUUUUAGUUGGCAUGCAUUCAACAAUUGUCAUCCCUCAAGUGAUUAUUUAGACCUUUCAAAACGUGCUGUACAUUAUUGUAAAGAUCUUCCAUUAGCUCUUGAAGUGUUAGGUUCCUUCCUUAAUUCUAUUCACGAUCAAUCCAAAUUUGAACGUAUAUUGGACGAGUAUAAGAACUUCUAUCUGGACAAAGACAUCCAAGAUAUUCUUCGAAUAAGUUAUGAUGAACUUGAACAAGAUGUAAAAGAUAUUUUCCUUUACAUUUCUUGUUGCUUUGUAGGAGAAGAUAUCAACGAAGUUAAAAUGAAGUUAGAAGCCUGUGGUUGUUUAUGUUUGGAAAAGGGAACAACAAAACUAAUGAAUUUAUCACUUCUAACCAUUGAAUUCAAUCGAAUUAAAAUGCAUGACUUAAUACAACAAAUGGGUCGCUCGAUUCAUCUCUCGGAGACUUUUACAUCUCAUAAAAGAAAAAGAUUGUUGAUUAAAGAUGACGCUAUGGAUGUCUUAAAUGGGAAUAAGGAAGCAAGAGCAGUUAAAGUUAUAAAAUUGGAUUUUCCUCGACCUACCCAACUUGACAUUGAUUCAAGAGCUUUUGAAAAGGUGAAAAAUUUGGUAGUACUCGAUGUUCGCAAUGUCACAUCUUCAAAAGGUACUGAUCUUGAGUAUCUACCUGGUAGCAUAAGGUGGAUGAAUUGGCCUCAAUUUCCUUUUUCAUAUUUGCAUACAAGCUUCACAAUAGAGAACCUUGUCAAGUUCAACUUGCCAUAUAGCUCCAUAAAAAAUUUUGGGAAAGCAUUAAUGUGUGGUGAAUGGUUGAAGGAAAUUAAUCUUAGUUACUCUAAGUUUUUGGUGGAAAUUCCAGAUUUAACUACUGCAAUAAACCUCGAAAAGUUGAAUCUUGAAGGGUGUGAAAAAUUAGUAAAGGUUCAUGAAUCAGUUGGAUCUCUCAGUAAGCUUGUUGAGUUUUAUCUUUCCAGCAGUGUUGAGGGUUUUGAGAAGUUUCCAUCCUGCCUUAAGUUGAAUUCUCUUGAAGCUUUGGUAGUGAGAUAUUGUAGAAUAGAAGAAUGUUGUCCUCAAUUUAGUGAAGAAAUGAAUAGCCUAGAAAUAUUGGAGAUCGAUGAUAGUAUAAUUAAUCAAUUAUCUCCAACAAUUGAAUAUCUUACUGGCCUAAAAGAACUCUGGAUCACAGAGUGCACGAAGCUCGAAACUCUUCCAAGUACAAUUUAUCGUUUAAGUAAUCUUACUUCUUUAGAAGUCAAAAAAUCUGAUCUUUCAAUCUUUCCUUCCUUAAAUGAUCCUUCUUCAUCUUCCUUAUCAAUUCCCUACCUAACAUCAAUAAAGCUUUUCAAUUGUCAGAUAACAAAUUUGGAUUUCUUAGAAACAAUGGUUCAGGUUACCCCUUCAUUGGAAAUGUUGGACUUAUCUCAAAACAACUUUUGUAAACUACCCUCCUGUAUAAUUAAUUUUAAAUCCUUGAAAUAUCUUUAUAUAAUCGAAUGUAAGUCGCUUGAAGAAAUUCUAAAGGUUCCAAAAGGAGUAGUUCGUAUGGAUACUAGAGGGUGUGUAUCAUUGGCCAGAUUUCCUAACAACAUUCCUGAUUUCAUAUCUUGUGAUGAUAAUGUGGAAUAUGAUAAAAAAGACGGAGUAAUCAAACAACUCAUAUUAAUGAAUUGUGAUAUUCCAGAUUGGUGCAAGUACAAGAGUAUGAACGAUUCAGUAACGUUUGAUUUUCUAGCUGAUUAUUUAAGUUGGAAAAGGAAGGCUUUUAUUGCUCUUUGUGUCAAAUUUCAUGUUACCAAUGAUCACGAGUUGGUUAAGCUUAAUUGUAGAGUAUUGUUUAUCAACGAUAUUGAAGUAUGGAGUCGAAUGUCAAUCUCCAAUUUUAACUUUUGGCUAUCACGAGGUGAAUGUUUAUGGAUGGCAGUACUUCAUCCUUGCAUGCAUCGUCUGAUCAACCCAUAUGGUGAUGAUAUUAUGGACAUCUCACCGAAUUUCUCAAUAGGCAUUUUGGACGAUAAAAUUACAUUGUUAUUUGAGGUUAAUCCAGAGUGUAAAGACACAGUAAGUAUAAAAAUGUGUGGUGUUCAUGUCAUCAUGGAGAAAUAAUUUGGAGAAGAAUUUGUGAAAGUUCUUCUAAUUUUUAUGUUUAUAAAUAUAUGUUAUGUGAAGACAACAUGUUAAUCGAGAGAAAAGAGGAAUUGAUAUUUGAGUAUGAGUCCCA